UACAAGUCGCGAAAAGCAAAGCACAGAAACGAAGCCUAUUUGCCCCUCCCGGCUUCCCUUUCCCCUAUCCCACUUCCCCAUUUCCCCUUUCCCUUCCAUUGCUUCGCAACCAACCAUUAGAAAACAAGAAGGAAUGGCAUCUCAACCGACGCUCCCCAUCUCUAGUCCCCAAUCCACCAGCUCCGCCCCCACUGGCGGUCCCCAAUCCCAGCCUCCCAUCGCCACCCCUGCCUUCCGUUCCUUCAUCAACCGCCUCUCCUCCUCCCUCCGCCAGGGCUUCUCCCAGCGUCGCCCCUGGUCCGAACUUGUAGACCGCACCGCCUUUUCCCGCCCCGAUAACCUCUCUGAUGCCGCCUCCCGCAUCCGCAAGAACUUCAACUAUUUCCGCGUCAAUUACAUUUCCCUCCUCGCUUUCGUUCUCGCGCUCUCUCUCCUCUCUCACCCUUUCUCUCUCCUCGUCCUCCUCGCCUUACUCGCUUCCUGGUGCUUCCUUUACCUCUUCAGGCCUUCCGAUCAGCCUCUCGUUGUCUUCGGCCGCACUUUUUCCGAUCGCGAGACUCUACUGAUCUUAGUCGUCUCCACCAUAGUUGUGGCGGUCCUCACGUCCGUUGGAUCGCUUCUCAUCUCCGCUUCCUUAGUUGGAUUGGCCAUUGUUUGCGCUCAUGGAGCUUUUAGAAUUCCCGAGGAUUUGUUCUUGGACGAUCAAGAGCCUGUCAAUGCCGGUUUCCUCUCCUUCCUUGGCGGAGCUGCCUCCUCUGCCGCUCCAGCCGUUGCCGCCCGUGUGUAGUAGUCGGAUCUGAUCCCAUCUCUCCCGAUUUUGGUGCCUGAUUUCAGCAAGGUAUAAGAGACGGAUAUCCAUGGAAGGUACCUCAACAGCCUGCGCAUGGUUCUAAAGUUGUCCAAGUGACUCCAGAAUGCUGAUCUAGUUGGACGCUAUAUGUUCAGGUGGUUUUCACAUAAGGAGUUGUGUGGAUCUUUGAGAUUAAUGGGCCUCUGAAUUAGUGAAAAUGCAAGGCAACAUAACCUUGCAUUUCCCUUGGCCAUCUACUUGCAAACAAUUAAGCAGGUGAGUGGGGAUUUUGAGAUAGUAUGCCUGACUAAUUUACUAGAUAUUUUUGUUCUGUAAGCUGCUUGCGUUCUGGUUCCUCUUCUUAGAAAGUGAGAAUAAAGAGGUUCCCAUUGCUACUAAUUUAUCUUUUUGAUUCGGAUGUUAAAUGCAAUUCUUUAUCAAAUAGAAGUUGCAUUAGUGUUAAUGUUGUUCUAUAAUCUUCUUCUGUAAUGCAUUGGUAUAUUAUUAAAGCUGCAAUCGACUUGCCUAGAGAUGAGGACACUGAUGCUGCAUGCUUUUGCAGCCAUGCUGAGUAUAUAGAUCUGAUUGCAGUUUUUUUAGCUUA